AUGUCGGUCGGCCAAGCCGUGACUGUGGUACUUGUCGAAAACGGCGCUUGCGACCUGGCACGUCCAGCCUGUGGGCAGUGUCUGCGAAAGGGCCUGCAAUGUCCCGGGUAUCGCGAUGAGGCGACUACUCGCUUUCGAAUAGAGAAUGCAUCUUCCCUUAUGACUUCUCUGAGCAGGAGAAAGCAUAAAAGAAAGACUGGUGGCCAUGGAGUAUCAAAUACCAUCAACAAAGAUCAAAACCAGAGCACAAUAGGUUACUAUGUUGCUAAUGGAUACCAAAUGGGAGCUUCAAGUAUCUCUAUACCGCAUCCAUUAUCAGAAUCCUGGGAUGUUCACUUCCUCCCUCUCUUUCUGGCAGGUGUAGGUCCUGCAAAUUAUAUAUCCAGAGAUAUAUACGGCGUCAUCCCCCGUCUGGUUGCUCAAGCAAACCCUACAUCUGCUCUUUAUCAUGCAUGUAAUGCUGUAGCAGGCAGUUUUCUGGCUCGUAAAACAAGAUCAAUCAGUGCUGUCCCAAACCAUGCCCGAGCAUAUGGAACGGCGCUUGCCAAGAUACGAACUGCUUUACACCAUCCUCACGAUGUCAAAAGCGACAACACUUUGUUGGCCAUCUGGAUUUUGGGCCUGUAUGAGUUUAUUCAAAAUAGACAAGAUAACAUCUGUUCUUCUGCCUGGCUAUCUCACAUUAGAGUCACUAGGCAUCUAAUCGGGUUGAGAGGUCCCGAGCAAUUCUCGCGGCAGGAUGCGAGGGACUUGUUCCUCGCUAUAUUAAGCAACACGGAGAUUCAAGCAUACAUGCUCGGCAAAGAAUGGGAAGAAGCACCCAUAUGGUUUAAGCACUUUCAUAAGUACUGUGACGCAUCAGAGUAUCCUAGUUUUCAAACAUGUGACUUCUGCCACCAGUGCAGCCGACUCUGUGGCCGUAUUCAAUCCCUCCUGAAAAGGGGCCAGCCGGAUGAGAUUCUGGCCAAUGUACCAUCUAUUCUGCGAGACGUUGAGGCUGUAGAAAACAACAUGCCUCGAUUGUCUAAUCUACAAACAGUCAUUAACUCUCAGCUCGUAUCUUAUCACGGCCGAUAUUGCGGCGGCGCACUGAUUCUACAGAUUGUUUUUCGAAUGAGAGUAUCAUAUCACCUGCUAGCAUUCCUCCAGCGUGUGUCACAUUUGUCAUUGUAUUUAGGGAACCAAAAAGAUAUAUACAAAGAUAUUCAGACUCGCUGCAUUCAAGAAAUGCAUGCCCUCGCGGAACGAAUCUUACGUCUCUAUUCUGAUCGGGUUGCCCCGCCGCUUGCUCAUGAAAACGGAACAAAUCUUGACCACCUUACAAAGUCUUCCGCUACAGAGAGAGCAGGUCAAACCGAAAAGUUUCAAACAGUAAGAUUUGCGAUAGACUUUGACAAUCUUGCAGACGGAAACUCCACUCUACUUGUCAGCUAUCACCAUUCCGGCAUCGACGUUACUCGGCUCACAUUCGAUUGUUUAUAA